AUGAUAAUCACCUACUCACCGUUCCGAUGUCCGCUGGGGCGGCUAGUCCAGCGACGAUCAAGAUCGAGUCUUAUCCCGCAGGUUGAUCACCCACGGGCUCGAAGCGAGCUCAGGAGCUCAGGGUGUGCCCGGCCGGGGCGUCAUCCGAGUAGGUGCCAGCAGCGCUGUUCUGUGCCUCGAGCCCCACGUCGGGCGCCAGGUGUCCCGACCAGCGGGACAAAUCCUUGUGGUUUGUUGGACACUUUCAGGGCACUAACAAGUGCUGGUAAAGACCUGCAAGAUGGUUUCCUGAAGGCCCUGGCCAUGAGAGAAGAGGACAAUCGCAGCGGGAAAGUGAGCUCUGUGAUCUUCAUUCGUGACAGAAAUUCUCAUGGCCAGGAGAUCUCAGGAUACAUUGACUAUGCCCACAGGUUAAAGACGGAAGAUUUUGAAAUCUACUUUAGUGGAAAAAGAAAACUUCUUCCAAGGCCCACAGAUAUGAGCUUUUACAACUGGGACAAUCAAGUGGCUGUUUGUAAUUCAAGUCCCAACUAUCAAGUGAUUGCUGAUAACCCAGGAGGCUUACUUUUCAAAUAUAAAAGAGACAGAAAAAUUCUCAAUGUGGACCCGAAGGCACAACCAGGUGACAACUCUACUAGAAUCCCUAUCCAGACCGAACUCUACACACAAGCUGUCAUCUUUGAUCACAUUUCUAGAAGGAAGACUUAAGUACCAACGUGUCAGAUGAUUUCCUAAUUGUUUGCUAAAUCUAAAUAAGUCCUGCAGACCAAAGCAAAUUAGAACAGUAAAGGAGCCCUGUAGCUAGAAGGCAAAUUCGAGUAAUAAAAGUUAAUAAAGAAAUUAGAAAGAAAAC